AUGUGGCGCGGCCCGACAUGGGGCUUUACCAACUGGUUUGUGAUUGAGGCGCUCAGCUCGCGCAAUUACACGGCCGUAGCCGACACUCUUGUCCAGAGGUGGCUCGCCCUUGUCGAGAAGAGCGGCAUUUGGGAGCAGUACAACCCGAUCACUGGCGAUCCUGACGGCGCUGUGGGUCUCGGCAUGUCCACUCUGAUUGUCGAUUGGCUCUACCGCACGGGGGUUGUUCAUUUAACACGCACAUGCACUCUGGGGUCUGCAAACGGUAGAUGCGCUCGGUCGAAGGCUACCAUCGAUCCAGCUUCCAGAGUGAAGCAGCCGACGGCGGAAGACCAGGGGCUUCGAAAGCAAAGCAAUCAAGGAGCUGCGGCCUCGGAGGCAGAUGUUGCUGCUCCUGCUUAUGCUGCUCCUGCACCUGCUGCUCCUGCACCUGCUGCUCCGACGGCAAGUCCGGCUCCUGCGCCUGCUGCACCUACUCGAAAUGAUCCAUGGCAAGUUCUGGCAAUGCGCCUUCAAAACGACCUCAGAGCAAAGGACGACGAGCUCAAAGCUGAACGCAGCGCAAAGGACGACGCCCUUGCCAAAAAGGACGAAGCCCUUGCCAAAAAGGACGAAGCCCUUGAGACAAGGGCUAGCGGCCUCAGAGCAAAGGACAAGGAGCUCGCUCAAGUCAAGAGGCACCUCCAGGGAGUUGUGCAAUCGUACGAAAAUUUCUUGGCGGCCUUAGGAUCUUCUGUCAAUGCUGAAAUGGCGAGUCUGGCCGUUCACUACGCCCUCCCCAAUUGCGACUGGGCUGUUUCACUUCGUGAGACUGAAGCCACUGAGCCCAGCCAGCGUCCUUCCUUACCGUCUGAUAUCCAAGAACAGCAGCAGAGCCACUCAAUUCUUGCGGAUUUUUUCACAAGCGUCUGCCGCCAAAAUGGGCGCGCGGAUGUGAUGGUCAUCGAGACGGAAUUAUUUGCCCCAAACGAAAAGUGCGCGGACCUUGUGGCUGUCUCGACGGCGCAACUCGAGAUGAUGCUCGAUUGCGACACAGACGCCGUGCCAGAGAAACUCGAGGCUGCUCGUCAUCGUUACGCUGUUCAAGGUGGAUUGACUCUCGGCCGCCCGGCUUAUGUCCUCUUUCUGAUUGAAGUCAAGCCUGAUCGGACUCGCGGCCGUGAACCUUUGCUCGAGCUUGCAAGCUAUAUGAUUGCAAGCAUGCGCCAUGAUGUCAACAUAGACGUUUGCUACUCUAUUUGCUGGAGAUCAGGCGGUAUUCACGUCGUGCUAGUCGAUUUGACGCACGUGAACACAGCGACGCGUAUGGAUCCUGCAGCAGGCUUCCCCAUUCCGAUCAUCGAGUACACUCUGUCCAAGCCAGGGCAAGCCAUCAAGUUUCUGCUGGAGCAACAACAACGCAACAUGCCACUGUGGGAUGAACCAAUGUCCAGUGACCCGAUCUCAGGAAGCGGCAGCCGAGGCAGUACAGCCUCCAGCCUGGUUGUGUCAUUGAGCGAAGGGGAGCAGCAAGUGAUGAAUGUGACGAAUCUUAAAGACAACACGACGUUUGCGGGACAGCUUGCUCUCAAGGGCGCGAACACUCGCGUCGUUGUCAAAUUUUCGGACGGCAAGUACUACGGUCAGAUGGAGCAGCUUGUUCGGGAGGGCAUGGCACUGGCUCUUCUCGGUCGCGCUGGUGCGAGCGAGCACAAUCUCCCCGUGCUGCUGAGCUUCUGUGAAGCCACUCUCAAUGACACCAAGGGCUUUGCGCUGGUGACUCAUUGCCUGUCAGGCACGACCCUCGAGUGGUGGGCUCACCAAGUACACGCUGAAGGUAUCUGCGCAAAGUUGCGCGAGACCCUGCAGUGGGUGCAUUCGCAAGGCAUCGUUCACGGUGACAUUCACAGAGGGAAUGUGCUGGUAACGAUCAUGCCUCCGUCGCCUCCACGAACCGACCAAUCUCAAUACCAGCAACAAGUCUCCGUCUCCGUCGCGUUGAUCGACUUUGGUCUGUGCUGCUUCCGCCCAGAGAUUGUGACCCCACAGGACGUCAAAGUGGCGCUCGAAGCUGCACCCGUCACAGCUCCCGUCCUCGCUGAGCUCAAGUCGACGUGGCUUGGACGUGUCGCCGGCAACUCGUGGGACAUCUGGCCUGGGCACUUUUACGCCAUUGCGAGGUCGAAGCACUGUUGCACGCCGCGGGCCGACUUUCUCAGUCUGAGUCUACUCGUGGUGGCCGGGUGCACUGGCGGCUCGUUGCGGCUUCAAUUCCAGCUGGACUGGCCAAAGGAUGUCGAAAGGUCCGAGAGCAAGCGGAUGAAACGCGCGCUGCUUCGUGAUCGGACUGGAAGUCUCGCUUGGUUGAUGAAAUCGCGUGGAGGCGUUCUGCGUGAAGUUUGCACCACUCUUGAUUCCGCCGAGGCGCCCGAGGCAAUGGUGUAGUCGUGCCUACCUCAU